AGGGAGGCUGAGAGCGGAGGUAAUUGCAACCUCCCAAAACCGACGACUUCGAAGAAACAAGCGGGAAUAAGGCAGACGAAGUUUUGAUCCAAACAUGAAAUUUGCAGAUUCGUUGUUUCAGUGUUUCAAUCCGGUGGCGGUUGAUGAUGCAGCCGAGGCUGAUGAGGGAGGAGGAGAAAGAGGAGGAGAUGGCGGUGACAGUGCUAAUUCAGAUUUUCGCGUUUUUUCAUACAAUGAGCUGAAAGCUGCAACGCAGGGGUUUAAGAACAAGAUAGGGGAGGGAGGAUUUGGUUCGGUUUACAAGGGGAGGCUUGUUGGUGAUAACUUGAUAGCAGUCAAAGUUCUCUCAGUUGAACUGGAAUCACUGCGUGGGGAGAGGGAAUUCAUAUCUGAGAUAGCAGCAUUGUCAGGUAUUAAGCAUGAAAAUUUGGUCACUCUUCGAGGAUGUUGUGUUGAUGGAGCUCAAAGGCUCCUUGUUUAUGAUUACAUGGAAAACAACAGCCUCUGGCAUGCCUUUCUAGGUUCAGAGCAAAACAGGGUGAAAUUUACCUGGACACUUAGGAAGCAUGUUUGCUUAGGCAUUGCCAAAGGACUGUGUUACCUGCACGAAGAACUGAAUCCACACAUUGUGCAUCGGGAUAUCAAGGCGAGCAAUAUACUUCUGGAUCAGGAUUACACACCCAAGCUUGCGGAUUUUGGUCUGGCUAAGCUGUUCAGGGACAGCAUGUCGUAUGUUAGCACUCAUGUUGCCGGAACAUGGGGAUAUAUAUCUCCAGAGUAUGCUCAUAGCGGCCAUCUCACCCGUAAAUCAGAUAUCUAUAGCUUUGGCGUAGUUCUGCUGGAGAUCAUGAGUGGACAGCCCAUUGUGGAUUACCACGUUCAACAGGGAGACCUGUUCCUUGUAGAAAAGGCAUGGGAACUAUACAAUGCUGGAAAGCUUUUGGACCUGGUGGAUCCUGCCAUGAAUGGGGAGUUCCCAAACGAAGAAGCCAUUCGGUUCCUGAAACUUGGGCUUCUUUGUGUGCAGGAAACCACCAGGCUCAGACCAACCAUAUCCGAAGCCAUGAAGAUGAUGACUAAUGAGAUCAACACAGACAAUGUUGAGAUAAAGAGGCCUGGACUCGUUGCCAACUUAAUGGAAGUGAAAAUUCGAGAAAAGAAUUCCUCAAAUUUCACCUCUUCCCAAGCAACAAGCAGUACAGUUAGCUUCCAAGGAAGAUAACCCUCAGCUAGAUUGAUUAAGGCCACAAUUUAGAACAAACAAUGUCAAUGGUAGUCAGCUGGCAAUAGCAUAGGGUGAGUGUUAGGAAUAUGUAUUUGAAGUAGCUGAGUGUAGAUUAUAAGAUAGUAAAAUUUAUUUGCAUUUUUUAUUUUUGUUUGUGCUUUAUGUAACAUCAAAUGAUAAAUACUAUUAUAUCAUACGUGAGAAUGGAAUUUUGUAACUGUA